AUGCUACGCUCAUUUCCUGCACUUCUUUUGGCUGUUGGCCACUUGGCCACCACCGUUAGCGCCGCAAACAUGGUCUUUGGCGCCUACGGGAACCGCAACUGCGAGGCUUGCCUCGACAAGACUUUUCAAUCGUGCCCUGGGGACUACCAGACCCGGAGCUACGCGACUUGCAUGUGCGCCGGUAACGGUGGCGCCAACGUGGCCACCUGUAUGAGCGGCUACUGCGACCCGUCCUUCAACCACAUCGUCGUCAUGUCCUGGUACAUGUACUGCACCAUGUUCUUCAAGGAGCUGUGCCCCAAUGCCAGGGAAUACUUUGACAGCGAGACUUGGGACCGGCUUUGUUCGCCCGAGGCUGUUGCCAAGGGCGGCAUCGGUGCAUCGGGUUCUGGGUCUGGUACCUCCGACUCCGACUCAGGGGCCGGUUCUGGCUCAUCCAGCUCGGGGGCUUCAUCGAAAACGAAGCCUGGAGUUUCGUCGGGUUCUGGAUCCAUUUCGGAAGAAGGCGUGGCGGCUCUUGGGACUGGGAAGGCAUCAGAGCCAGGGGCGACAGGAGCUAAAAAGGACAGCUCUGUCUCGUCGACCUCGAGCAAAGCGGUGGGGGCCACUGCUACAGCAAUGCCAGUAUUGGGCAUGAUGGCCGGGCUGGGCAUGUUUGUUGUAAAUAUGAACGUAUAG